UUUUUUUCCAUCACCUAGAACACACAAUGCGGUUGUUUUUGUUCAUCCCUACACUACUGUCCCUCGCCCUUGACACUGUUCAAGGUGGAGGACUGGGUGGUGUUCAUAACGACCUAAUUCCCCCAGUUCCGUCAGCUACCUAUGGAGUAGGAUUUGGAGCAGGAGGAGGAGGAGGUUUUCAUGGAGGAAUAUCAGUUGGUCAUGGCUCGGGAGGAAUCGGAGGAGGAAUUAAUAUUGGAGGAGGAUUUGGUACAGGGGGUGGACCUGGUUUUGGAGGAAGUGGAUUUGGUGGAGGUCCAGGAAUUGGAACUGGUUCAGGAUUUGGUGGGGGCCAAGGAUUUGGUGGUGGCCCAGGACUUAGUGGUGGCCCCGGAUUUGAUGGAGGCCCUGGAUUUGGUGGUGGCCCUGGACUUGGAGGUGGCGUUGGAUUUGGUGGACCAGGACCAGGAGGUUUUGGUGGUGCUAUUGGCGCUGGAUUUGGAGGUGCUGGCCCUGACUUUGGGGGAGGACCAGGAUUAGGAGGAGGUUCUGCUCCAACUAUAAUAGAACAUACCGAGCACAUUAACAUUGCAGUACCAAAACCAGUACACAUUCCAGUGGAUCGCCCAGUGCCUGUGCCAGUAGCAGUUCCCCACCCAGUGCCAGUUCCUCGUCCAGUUAGGGUGGAGGUUCCGCAUCCGGUAAAAGUAGUUGUUCCCAGACCAGUACCGGUGCCAGUUCCCAAACCUUAUCCAGUACCAGUUACAGUAAAGGAAUAUGUCAAAAUACCUACUCCCGUACAUGUGACUGUACCAAAGUAUUAUCCAGUAUUUGUGAAAAAACAUGUUCACGUAAAAGUCCCUACAAAAGUUGUUGUUAAGGUACCUGUAAAAGUACAUUCACAUGGACACGGACAUGAUCAUUUUGAAGGAAACUUUGGAGGAGGAUUUGGAGGAGGUUAUGGUGGAAAUCAUGGGGUAGGAUUUGGUGGAGGUUUUUCAGGUGGAUUUGAUAACGGAUAUGCUGGUGGAUAUGGACACUCUGGAGGAGAUACCUCAGCAAUUCUUAUAGGUUCAAGUCACGGGGGAGAGUUUUCUGGAAACGGUGUUUACGGCGGUGGAUAUUCAGGUGGAUACAACUCUGGAUUUGGAGGCCACCAUUCCAGUGGAUAUUCUAUAGGUGAAAGCACUUACACAACUGGAGGUGGGUAUGCAUCGGGUUAUGAUCACGGCCAUUAUGCUCAUCAACACGGAGGGGGAAGCCAUUAUGACAGUAACGGGGGUUACAAAUAUUAA